AUGAAGGAUCGAUUGGAACAGUUGAAAGCGAAAUCCGAAGUGACAGAGGAUGUGGAGGUUCCUGUUGAGAAAGAGUCGUUUAUGGAUGAAUUUUUUGCCCAGGCUGAGGAUAUCCGCAACAGUAUUGAUAAGAUAGAUGAGAAUGUGACAGAAAUUAAGAAGCUGAACUCAGUCAUCCUCUCCGCUCCCACAUCUGACCAGAAAACACAAGAUGACAUUGAAGCUCGUACCAAUGAGAUCAAGAAGCUGGCCAACAAUGCUCGCAACAAGCUGAAGAGUAUUGAGAAGAGUCUGGACACAAAUGCAGAGGACAGAGUGUCAGCUGACAUGAGGAUCAAAAAGUCUCAGCACGCCAUCCUAGCCAAAAAAUUUGUGGAAGUGAUGACGAGAUAUAAUGAGACACAGAUGGACUUCAGAGAUAAGAGCAAAGGACGCAUUGCCAGGCAGCUUGAGAUCACGGGCAAAACUACCACAGAUGAGGAGUUAGAAGAGAUGCUGGAGGGAGGGAAUGCGGCUGUGUUCACAGCAGGGAUCAUGGCUUCAAACAUCUCAAAGGAGCAGUUGGGUGAGAUUGAAGCGCGACAUAAAGACAUCAUGCGUCUGGAAAGCAGUAUCAAGGAGCUGCAUGACAUGUUUGUGGACAUUGCCAUGCUUGUAGAGAACCAGGGUACCAUGAUUGAUAGAAUUGAAAGCAACGUCGAUCAGUCUGCAGGCUUUGUAGAAAGGGCAGUGGCAGAUACCAAGAAAGCAGCAGCGUUUCGGCAGGCAGCCCGCAGGAAGCAGAUGAUGAUCAUGAUGUGCUGCACAGUUCUUGCCAUCCUCGUCGGCACUUAUUUGUACAGCUUGUUGACAUAG